GUUAGACGGUGGAGUAGUCGAGUCAAAGGAUUCUCCCAAGUGUGUGUAAGCGGGUAUACAUCUGGCAUCUUAACCUGUUUAAUUAACAACGUGUUUUGUUAACUCUAUUUAAAUAACUGUAGCUUUCUUUGAUGUACAGAAAUGAAGCUUCCGACUGGAUUAAGUGUAGGGGUUCUUGUUGCUGUUUCUCUUUUGUUUGUUGGUGUAGUUCUACACAUCAUUGGGCUGGCGACACCAGAAUGGUCGACAUCCACAGUUGGAACCGGGAGCGUUGGUUUAUGGAAAAAUUGUGACGAAGGAAAAUGCACAGACAUCUCUGUCAAAAUCGAAUCUUUGAGUGCGUGUCAAGCCAUGGCCAUCACAGGUAUGCUGAUCAGCUUUAUUGCUAUAGCAACAGCGGUUGUUGACACGGUUUUAAAAAUGUAUGGAAAAGAGACAGCAGUGCCCCUUCAUGAGAUUUCUAUGAUCUGCUAUACUGUCAUUUAUAUUUAUUGUGAUUGGCAUCAUCAUAUGGGGCGCUGCUAUCAACAAUCCGGAAAAGUCGUCCAUAGGCUAUUCUUUUAUUCUGAGUAUAAUUGGCGGUAUGCUAAUCGCAAUUGGUGGUAUUGUUUACGGCAUAACUAGCAAGCAAUGGAGUUACUAUCGCUGUUGGUAGAGUUUGUGUUAUAUAAUUUGUAAACUUA